AAUGCCUGUACCUGCAUUGUAUAUAUCGCCGCUUCAACAUCAGCUUGUAUUAGGAUAAAUCAUAUUCAGACCCACCUGUCGCUUCCCACGGACAAUGUCUGCUGUGCCUUCCCUACCCGAGGACACUCCUUUAAUCACAAAGGACGAAACCACCACCAACGGAGUCGCAACAAAUGGAGCCACCCAUGACCUCGCGAAUGGUGCUACCGAGGGGUUUAAGCUGCACGAUGGGCCGGUGGAGAAUUUCCGGCCUAUGAAGGUCAUUGUGAUCGGAGCUGGAUAUUCAGGCAUAUAUCAUGCGAUACGGAUACCAGAGCGGCUGCGCAAUGUAGAGUUGGUGGUGUACGAGAAAAACGCUGGAGUGGGAGGGACAUGGUAUGAAAAUCGGUAUUUGGGUUGCGCUUGCGAUAUUCCUUCGCAUUCGUACCAGUACACAUUUGAACCCAAUCACGACUGGUCAUCGCUGUAUGCCCCCGCACACGAAAUUCAAGCCUACCUCGAGCGCACUGCGAAGAAAUACUCCGCCGAUCGGUUCAUUAAACUCUCACAUGAAGUUGUGGAAUGCAGAUGGGACGACGCAAUCGCAAAGUGGAAUGUGACAGUCAAGGAUCUCGCUACUGGCGAGACAACACACGAUCAGUCGGAUGUGCUGAUUAGUGCGCGAGGCAACUUGAACACCCCUGCAUGGCCGAGUAUAGAGGGCUUCGAAACGUUCAAGGGCGAGGUGAUGCACUCUGCGAGAUGGAACGAAGAAUACGACUUCACCAACAAGCGCAUAGGCGUCAUCGGCGCCGGCUCCUCCUCCAUCCAGAUCGUCCCCUCCCUCCAACGCAUCUCCGGAACACAUGUCUCCACCUUCGUCCGCAGCAAAACCUGGAUCUCACCAUCCUUCGGCCACCACCUCUGGGAGAAGCACGGCUUCGAAGGCUUCACCAUCCCACCAGACCUCCGCAAGCGCUUCGCAGAAGACCCUGAGUACUACGAAAAGUUCAGGCUCUCAGUAGAAGAAGACGGCAACGGCAUCCACGCCGUGACCAUCAAAGGCACGCCCCUCCAGCUCGGCGGCAAGCAGAUGUUCACCGAGCACAUGAAGCAGCGCCUCGCAAGCGCCCCGCACAUCCUCGACGCGCUCCUCCCGUCCUUCUCUCCCGGCUGCAGGCGCCUCACCCCCGGGCCAGGCUACCUCGAGGCUCUCACUCAGCCCAAUGUCGCAUUCAUCACGUCCAACAUUACCAAAAUCUCGCCAAACGCCAUACAUACCGCCGACGGCUCAGCACACGAAGUCGACGCCCUCGUCUGCGCCACCGGCUUCCACGCAAACACUUUCCCUCCGUUCCCCGUCAUCGGGUCAAACGGUCUCACACUAAGGGAGAAGUGGUCCGCCCGCCCCACAAACUACCUCUCGCACUCCAUAUCCUCCUUUCCCAACCUGUUCACUAUGCUCGGCGCCAACUCCGCCAUCGGCUCCGGCAGCCUAACCUGCAUGAUCGAAAACGUCGGCGACUACGUCAUCAAAGCGAUCCGCAAGAUCCAGAAGGAAGACAUUGCCGCCAUGAGCGUCAGGAGCGAGCGGGAAGAGGACUUUACCGAGUAUGUGGAUGCGUAUUUCCAGGGCACGGUGUUUGCCGAGGAGUGUAACAGUUGGUACAAGAGUAAGAAGGAUGGGAAGAUUGUGGGGCUGUGGCCCGGGAGUACGCUGCAUUGUGUGGAGGCGAUGAGGAGUCCGCGGUGGGAGGAUUACCAUUACAUCUAUAGGGAUGAACUCCCGACGGCAGAAGAGCUCGCGGAGCAGAGCGCGAAUGCGGUCCGGAGACGGGCGAAUCGCCUCAAGUGGCUGGGCAACGGGUGGAGUGCGAAUGAGCUGGAGAAGAAGGAUCUUGCGUGGUAUCUGUACAAGGACUUUUUACAGCAGCCGGUUGCGCCGAGACCCGAGGAGAAUAAGAUGUACAAGGCGCGCGCGUUUUCGUAUUAG